GGUAGGGUAUAAUUGUUAUUUCGCACGGAUCUGUGUCUCUGCCUUAUUUGGGUUCAGUUCUGGCCGUAUCAAGCGGGGUGAAUAUGAAGUCUGGGUGUAUGAGAAGGUGACAAUAACCGAUGUGCCGAGGCGAAGAAAACCGUUUGGCUCAGAUCGAGUCGGAAGGAGUAGACUCUACCUCGUACUUGGGGCUUGUUGUAUACGUGGAGAAGAAAAGGGCAGGAGUUGGGUUACAGAGCGGGGUUGACUCAAACAUCGACUUUGGCAGCUCCAGAAAACAGCAACGUGAGUGGAUGAACAUACAGGGCAGCCGUCCGAGCACAACCUCGUAUCAAACUCGUCGGCAUCACCACCCUAGUCCAUCCGGCUGGUUCAGGCAUAGCAUAGCAGUUUACGAACAGCAGCAGCACAAGAGAGAUGAGACAUAAGAAUACCCCAAAGGAGACGGCAACCAAAAGCAAACCACCAACAUGGGCAGCAUCUCCAUCAGAAGAUACAUCCGCUGGCCCCCCGCCAUGCCGCAGGAGCCGACGUCGACGAUCGUCCUGACCUCGCCGGCGCGGCGGUUCGUGGACCUGCGGAUCCUGGACCCGACACCAGCCGAGGCGGCGGCGGCGGCGGCGGCGGCGGAGCAACAACAGCAGAAGGACGGAUCAACCCCACCGUCGCCCCCCGCCGUCGUCGUCCUCCCCGCCUCGCGGCUGGACUGGGCAAUAGCGGGAACGUCCGAGUCGUGGAAGCGCACCACUACCACCCCGGACGGCAGCGAGGCCGUGACGCGCUCGCGCUGGACGCACUGGAUCGACUCGCGCGUGCCGGCGGGCGCGGACCCGGCGGCCGCCACCGACGAGGGCGACAUGUUCCCGCAAGGGGGAGACGAGACGCUCGAGAAGGGCCGCAUGGUCAACCCGGCGACGGGCGUCGAGGCCGACUACGAGGAGCUGUGGGCCGACGAGGCGCCCGCGGCCAUCCCGGCGGCGGCGGCGGCGGUGGUGGCGACGCCGUCGGGCGUAGGCGAGGCUGUGGUGGAGGACGGGCCGAGGUGCGUGGUCCUGCGGCUGGAGGAUGUGGACCGGGGCGCGCGGGGCGUGGUUGUGCUGCUGGGGAGACACUGCCAGGGUCUGAUACGCGUCGGCGAGGAGCUCGGAGCCGAGAGGUGGCAGUGGAGGGAGGACGAGGGCUGGAGGGCGGCGGCGAGGAUAGGCACCGUUCCCGUGCCCUGUGAGCAGGCAUUUACUCGGCUGUCUGAGCUGCUCGAGGUCGGAAAGGAGCUACGUGACGGCGACAACGUUUGGGAGGUGGUCGAGCACGCUUAACGCAUAGGCGGGUGCCAUACAAGCCUCGAAGCGUCACGUAACUCAAUAUCAAUUCUUCAUGAAUCCCUAACGCCACCUGUUUACAAACAAGACAAAACACCCGCUGUCCGGGACUCAACCAGGCAGGUACUACCAGAUCUUGUGUGUACCCCUUAUCCAGAAACCAGAAACCCAAACAACAGCGAUAAUGAUACGACUCGAAUUAUAUCCAUAGACAACACGUGAGUGCCAACACCG